UUAAGUGUCCGAGGUCAGAUUUGAACUCAAGUCCUCCUGACUUCAGGGCUGGUGCUCUAUCCAUUGUACUACCUAGCUGCCCUUCAAUGUCCCCUUUUAACAGAUGAGGAAACUGGGAUCCAUCUAGGCAAAGUGACUUGGUCACACAGGGAGUUAGUGGAAAGUAACAACCCAGAAAAAGAAGCCAGGUUUCUUUGACCCCUGGUUUAAUACUCUUUACACACAUCUCAUUGACCUAAUACAUAUAUUAGUCUUAAUCUACUCCCUGGAGGCCUUAGUUGAUCCCUAAAGUACUUGCCUUCAAGCUGCUCCUUAGUUCUUCCUUCUACUUUCUCUCCUGAGGAUUGAAGAAGUGGCCUUUUAACUCCACUUGAUGGACAAGCAGGUUCAGAUUUCUCACCAGAUCACCUUUUCUUCAGGAUUAGAAAGCAUUACUUCCAGCCAACAAUACUUCCCUCCAACCACCAGACAUAUUAAAAGCCAGACUGGACUUCACAAGGCUCCCUUUCAAAUCCUCCUGGACAAAAGAGGAAGGGACUUUUCCUACCAAACAGAAUGACCCUCUAACUCUGAUUGGAAAACUUCAGGAAAUAACAGUGAGAAACCAAGGCUCUUCAAGCUGAACCUAAUUUUACCUUGAGCUGAUUUGAAGAAGACAAAGCUCUGAGUAACUAACCUUGGAUGCAGCUUUAUCCAAGGAAUCUUUGAAAAACUGGCUACUAGGAUAUUAGGAAGAAGAAUGGGAGGGGUCUAUGUGAAAAAGAGAGAGUGGGACAGGCAGACACAGACAUAAAAAGACAGAGAGAAUGCAGAGAGACAGAGGAGACAGAGAGGCGGGGAGAUAAAGGAACAGUUUAAGUAUCCUUCAGUAUGUUUAGCCUAGAAGGGGUGUGUGUCGGUUGAGUCAGGAAGCAGGGGGUUGACCAAGAUGACCUCUGGCUGCCCCUAUCUCCAUCUCCACUGUUCAGAAAGAAAAGAAUCACAGUGUCAGCUUCUAGCUAUUGUGCCGGAGCAGGUGGCUCAGCACUUUCUAUUCUGCCGAGGGGUUGGGGGUCAGGAGUGGGUGGGAGCGGGGCCGCGGAUGGAAGGCCCAGAUAGCUUCUUGUUUCCUGGGGCGACUAACAGGACUAGACAUCAGCCUGCCUGCUGACUCAGCUCAGCUGUUUCAGCAGGGCCAGGGGGCUACAGAGGGCGGGCUAUAAAGGCCCUUUUUCCAAUGUCAGCCUCUCACGGUCGAGCAGCCAACUUACCAACAGCCCCAGAGUUGCCUGGGUCCACCCUGUGAGUACUAGACAUGCAGGGGCUGAAGGGUUUAGGGCAGGAAGACGAGAAUCUGAAGAGAAAUCGGGAGCUGGGAAGAGCAUUGAAAACAAGGAGAGUCUGUCCGUCCUCCCCUUCCAUCAUAAACCGCUCACCACCCCCCUAUCCACCAGUCUCUAUUCCCUGUAGUGGAGGGACAGAAUUCCCAACCCCUACUACUUCGUUUCCAGCUUCCAGGCCCCAGCUCCUGCUGUGUUUCCUCCUGCUCCUUUGGAGUCUACAUCCGGGAAGGAGCCGCAACUCGGAGGGAAUCCCAGUCUAGGAAAUUACACAGAUAGUUAGAAGUGAAGGCGGCAGAUGUGUCCGCAGGACAAGAGAAUCUCCUUUUGAGGUCCCCGACUUCGCCUGCCUCAGAUCCAGCGGCGAACCCCGGGACCUCGGGCACUGAUCCCUAAGCCGAGGAGUUUAUCCGUCUCGUUGCAGGCAGCAUGAGCGGCACCCUGUCCCAGGGCUCCAGCCCAGCCCGCCUCACUCUCUGGGAGGAAGAGAAUUUCCAGGGCCGCCGCUGUGAGUUGAUGAGCGAAUGUUCCAGCAUCCGAGAGCUUAGCGGCUUUCGCAGGGUGCGCUCUGUCAAAGUGGAAAGCGGCGCAUGGGUGGGCUUCGAGUACCCGGAUUUCCAGGGCCAGCAGUUCAUCCUGGAGAAGGGCGACUAUCCUCGAUCUACUGCAUGGAGCGGCAGCAGCGGCUACCGAACCGACCAGCUUCUCUCCUUCCGACCCCUGCUCUGCGCCAAUCACAGUGACAGCCGAGUGACCCUUUAUGAGGGUGAAAACUUCCAGGGAUGCAAGUUUGAAUUGAGUGAUGACUAUCCAUCCCUGCCUGCCAUGGGCUGGGCCAGCAAGGAUGUGGGCUCCCUCAAAGUCACCUCAGGAGCAUGGGUAGGCUACCAAUAUCCUGGCUUCCGGGGCUACCAGUAUGUAUUGGAGCAGGACCGGCAUAGUGGAGAGUUUCGAAAAUACAGCGAGUUUGGUACCCAGGCCCAUACCAACCAGCUGCAAUCCAUCCGAAGAGUCCAGCACUAGAUUUGGCUGUGUUUGCCCUCAUUUAGGGGUCUCCAUGAGCAUCUGACACAUCUGGACCCAGAACCAUCAAUAAAGGCACUGAACUUGCCUCACCAGUUCACAUUUCUCUUCAUCAUCUUGAAGUUUCUGUAGGGGCAAGACACUUCCAACCUCAGGGCCUGCCCUCAUUCUAGAAAUCAGAUUGCUCCUCUCUGUACCCCUGUAGAGUUCACUUCAUCCAUUUGUCUUUUUCCAUAUGCAAUGACUUCCAUC